AUGUCUGCUACCAAGGCACCCCAGACCAUCGUUCUUAUCACAGGUGCGAAUCAAGGUCUCGGCUUCGAGGUCGCCAAGAAACUGGCCGCGGAGCAAGCAAACUACCACAUUCUCCUUGGCUCGCGUAACCCCCAAAAGGGCCAAGACGCAGCCUCAUGUAUCACCAACCUUGCCGAAAACACCUCUGUGCAAGCCACCGAGAUCGACAUCCUUUCCGACGCCUCGAUCCAGCGCUGCGUCAGCGAAGUGGAAGCUCGCCACGGCCGCUUGGACGUCCUCCUCAACAACGCCGCCAUCGGCCGCGUAGAUGAGUCGAGUCGGCGCGAAGAGAUGAUGAGAGUCGUCGAGACCAACGCCGUCAGCGCGUGGUGCGUGACCGAGGAGUUCGCCCCCCUGCUGAAGAAAUCCGAGGCCCCACGUGUCGUGAUGAUGACCUCGGGCCUGGGAUCCUUGGGCAUGACUUUGGAUCCCGCCCGCGCGUACUACGGGCUCGACGCACCUGCCUACAAGGUCUCCAAGGCGGCGAUGAAUAUGGUCGCUGCGGUCGAGGCAGUCAAGUACGCGAAGGAUGGGAUCAAGGUUAAUGUCGUCUGUCCGGGGUUCAGAAAGACGAAUUUGAAUGGCUAUAGCGAGAUGGCGGGGGACCCGGCUGAUGGCGCGAUCGAAGCGUGUAGGGUCAUUAUUAUGGGGAAGGAGGGGCCAACGGGGAGGUUCACUACGCUGGAGGGGGAGUAUCCGUGGUGA